UGUGGGGAGUAACCACAAAUGGAAGCUGAAGAAAUAGAAAGAUACAUCUACCGGUGAUCUUAAACAAAAUAAUCCUUCAAUCUACUUCACAUCUUCUUCUUUCCUCAGGAUGAUUCUAUUGCAUAUAAAGCACGGCUGGAUGUCUGUAUGCAAGUUGAUCCUUUUCUGUGGGAUAUUCUUCAUGAACAACACACGUGAGAGCUCUGGCACAACUGAGAUCAGCAGACUUCAAAAUGUUCUGUUUGUCAGCGAGACAAAUUUUGCUAAUAAGAAAUGUUUCUUUCCAACUGAAGUCGUCAUGAUCAGUGGAAGUAGGUUUUGUUUCAGUAACAAUACAGACAAAAAAGAAUGUUGUAAUGACAAAGAAUUCAACUGCACCUUUGAAAAGGGCGGAAACUGCUCGAUUAAGGAUGAAGAGAUUCUGUCCAAGCACGAUAUUGUGCUGAUGAAAGCAGAUCAAAACUUCUCAUUGUGUACCCCAUCAAAGCUCUACAAAGGCUCAAACAAUGGCUCCCUGUUUGACUUUCACAUGUGCUUGAACAAGGGUGUUAAGAACACUCGUUGCAGCACAAGCUAUCCAUCCUGUGACGAAAGUAAAGACAAAGAAAAACCAAACCCCAACACGAGUAAACCACAGAAACUGUGUCCCGAACUGUCGAUGGGACUUGUUACUGGCAAUGAGACCAACGUGGAAGCUGCUUUAAAUAUUAUUAAGACUGUCUCAUCUGUGUUGGACCAGAUGAAAGAGUGCAAGACAGUGGCCAUUAAAAAAGGCAAAAUCAGAGGGAUAAUCACUGAACUCCCAAAGGAUCCAACAAGUGUCAAUAUUGGCAUCACAUCAAGAAAUAUAUCUAUUGUUGAGGACAACAUCAAUUCGACCGCGGGAAUGUUACUACUGGUGCAGGUCUCUAAAGAGGCCACUGAAAUGGCAGUACAAAAAAAUGGUUCAUUUCUUGCCUUUUUACUUAUUCCAGGAGUGUUUCAGGAUGUCAAUAGCAGUUCUUUUCUCAACAAUGAGGUCGUGGCAAUUGAAAUGGGAGCAGAAAUAUCCAAUCUCUCGCAGACCAUAGACAUUCAAUUCAGAAAUGUGGACAAGAAAGGAAAAGUGGCUUCUUGCAGAUCCUGGGAUGGUAAAGGAAAAGAUCCAAUAUGGACUGAAGAUGGCUGCCACCUGAAAGAGACCAAUGAGAGCAUCACGUGCCAGUGCUCUCAUCUGACAUUUUUUGCAAUUUUGUUGUCUCCUCCACCUGGAAACAUCAGCUCUUCCCAUCUGAGGUCUCUCACCCACAUCACAUCAGUCGGCUGUGGCCUGUCCAUGUUUUUCUUAGCAGCGGCCAUUUUUAUGCAUUGUCUCAUCAGGAGAGGGAAAGCAAGCCAAGCUACUCAGCUCCUGAUGAACCUUUUUGUCGCCAUGUUUAACCUCAACUUGUCCUUCCUGAUCAACGACAAAAUUGCAAACUUAGGGAACUUUGGUGCAUGUGUGGCAAUUGCAGCGUUUAUGCACUACACCAUGUUGGCAACUUUAACCUGGUUUUUCAUGGAAGCUUUGCACCUCUACUUUACUCUAGGGAAGCUCCCAUCGGAAAUCAAACUCUACAUGGGGAAGCUUUGCAUCAUGGGAUGGGUCACACCAGCUGGAGUUGUGAUUCCUCUUCUCGCCUUGAGGAAAUACAAUUACUUGGUCAUUUCUGCCGAUGAUGGGACUUCUGCAAAAAUGUGCUGGAUCCCCGAUGCUGCUGUCCACCAGGGAGUGAACAUUGGUUAUUAUGCCAUUGUGUUCAUCUUCACUUUCACUAUAUUCAUCUUGACUGUGUGGAAGAUUUUUCCCCUUAAAGCCAGAACAGGUACAACUAUGGGCGGCAGCUCCAUCAAGACAAACGUCUUCUCCAUUCUGGGUCUUUUCCUGCUGCUCGGCAUCACCUGGGCUUUUGCUUUCUUCAGCCAUGGACCUCUGCUUGUAGCCUCCUACUACAUCUUCACCAUCCUCAACUCCUUUCAAGGCUUCUUUCUAUUCAUCUACUAUUACAAGUCCAGUAAAGAUGUUGGAAACAACAGCAGUUCCAUAGUCAUCAGCAGCAGCAGCAGCAUCAUCAGCAGCAUCAUCAGCAGCAGCAUCAUCAGCAGCAGCAGCAUCAUCAGCAGCAGCAGCUCAACUACUACCAACACAAUCACCUUAUCUCCAGUUACAUGAAGAACUGUGCAGUUUUCAAACAGGGAACAGAACGUUCUCUGUGCCUGACACAAGAGGGCAGCAUUCCCUUUACUAAAUCAAGUAGAUGUCUCGUCCCUGCAAAUUCUCCUACUUUGUGUUAUUUUUGACUGGAUGACUACACUGACCUGAUAAAAAGCUAAUCUGAAAUUACCUUCAUUGAGAAAUGUUCUCAGGCACUGUCUGAGGAGAUGUGGUAAUCUCCUGGAAGUCAUUUGUGCGGAUGACUCUGCGUUUAAACAGAAGCCUUGUCUGACUCACUGUGAAACAUGCGGAGAAGGUUGUGAUUCACUCAAGAUUAAAUCAGAGGGCUCAUAAAUUAAAAGCCUGGUCAUACACUGGAAUGCAGAGUGUAAAUGUUUAGGAAGUCAUAUAUUUCCUCCUUCAUGACUGAUGUGGCUGUCAUGUGGAAUGGUGGUAAAACUGCAGAAAAAUAGAAGGUGCACGGGAAGUCUUUCUUUCACAUAUUUUACAGCGUUAGGAUCUGAGGUAGGCAUCUUAGCGCUUUGCGUGCCUGCAGAUAAUUACUGUGAGCCUACAGAGAGCAGUAUCCAAUGUGAGGGGAGCCUUAAACAGUCAACGAGAUGUGAGCUCAUGGCUACCUAUAGUGAUAAGUAAGUAAGAGGCUUCAAGACAAAGCGUUAGGUUGCAAAUAUUGUUAGAAUAUGUAUUUAAUGAGCUCUUAUAGCUUUUAAGUGUACCUAGCCAAACUACAGUACAUCACAUUUUUGAGCUGUUAUGUCAUAAAUAAAGUUUUUUUCUUCAUAACUGGUGUGAUUAAGAUCUUAGGUAUUUCAUAUUCUCUAUACUUUGACUAAUAGUUUCUUAAUGGUAUAUUACAUGUGAUACAUAACUAUUAGGUGACAGCGUUCUUUACUAUGUCCACUGUAUUUUUUAGACACAUUUCACUUCCUUUAAUAAGUUAGGUUCACUUUGUUAACUAAAUUCUGAACUUUUAUCAAAUGGUUUUUGUGUGUGAUUAAGAUAUUGUAUUUCAUAUUUUCUUGACAGUAAAUAAAGGCGUCUUACGGAGCCCCUCAAGUCCCAAAAAGUAAACAAAAAAAUUCUGUGCGCUUAAUUAUAGUUAAUUAUAUAUCUAUUGUGCGAUAUAAAGUAAUUAUAAUACUUUUUGGGACUUCAGGGGCUCCGUAGCUAUCAGAUUGCAUCUUUAAAUUGUACACAAUAUAACUUGUAGAUAUAUAAAUAGCAUUCUUUGCUAUUUCCACUAUAUUUGAAUGAAUUUGUGUUCUUUUUUUAAAGUUGACAUCUCGUAUUUUUAGAACCUAUUUUUUUCAACAUGGUGGCUUGUUAAGGUUUAUUUUGGUGAAAUGUGGAAGACAUGUGCUUUGAGGCAGCAUUUCAGGAGUAAAACAGCUGACUUUGGGUCUUUCUUUUGCAAAUUAAACUUACACUGUCUGGAAAAAUAAAGUAAAAAAUACAGUUUCUUGUAUCCAAAA